CAUCAUCGAAAUUCAUAAUUCCGGCACGCGACGCCGAAGCGAGCGGUCGUGACGUCUCUUCACUCUCGUGUUUUAAAUUGCCUCAGUUCAUUGUUUUUUUACACUAGCAGUGAUCAACUGGCUAACAAAAGAUGUUGAAAGUUUUAACAAUUUUAGUCGCUCUGAUUGCGAUUGCGACUUAUGGAUUCAUAAGUUACCUGCAGCGAUCACCCGAACUACCUAAAAUUGAUUACGAGAGAUGGUGGGGCAAAGGACAAAAAGUAGACGAAGACGAGAGUGUUCGACCGUUCAAAAUUGAAUUCAACGAUACGAUGAUAGCAGAUUUGAAAUCCAGAUUAAAAAACAGGCGUCCGCUCACAAAACCAUUGGAAGGUAUCAAAUCGGAAUAUGGAAUGAACACAAUAUAUUUGGAGAAAGUUUUAAACAACUGGGUUGAAAAGUACGAUUUCAAGGAGAGGGCAAACCGCUUAAAUCAAUUGCCACGUUACAAGACACGUGUCCAAGGAUUAGAUAUUCAUUUCAUCAGAGUCAAACCAAAAGUGCAAGGUGUGAAAACGUUGCCUUUACUAAUGUUACACGGAUGGCCGAGUUCAUCUAAGGAGUUCCAGAAAGUAAUACCUUUGUUAACAACCCAAAGAACUGGAUAUGACUUCGUGUUCGAAGUAAUCGCCGCAGAUUUACCCGGCUUUGGUUUCUCUGAGGGCACGAAUAAACCAGGCCUAUCUGGUCUGCACAUCGGCGUGAUAAUGAGGAAUCUGAUGCGACGCCUCGGUUUCAACCAAUUCUAUAUCCACGCCGGUGAUUGGGGAUCGAAUGUCGCCACUCACAUGACUACAGUAUUUCCCGAUGAGAUAUUAGGAUACCACUCCACCAUGGCCGUAACUUCCAGACCUUACAGUUAUUUGAAACUAUUCCUCGGAUCUUUAGUGCCCAACUUCGUAAUGGAUCCCAAGUACGUGAACAGAGUGUACCCGUUGUCAGAUCUCUUCUCGUACUUGUUGAGAGAAAGCGGAUAUAUGCAUAUACAAUCCACCAAGCCGGAUACUAUCGGAGUGGGCUUAACUGACUCUCCCGCGGGCUUGGCCGCUUACGUCAUGGAGAAGAUCGGCGUGUGCACAAACAGAGACCAGACGAACACUGAACAUAGCGGUCUCGCCGCCUUGGAGCAGGAGGACGUGCUCGAUACCCUCACCAUUUUGUGGAACACCAACUGCAUCGUCACCUCUACCAGACUGUACGCGGAGGGCAGCAAUAAAGAGGCCAAGAUUGUUGACAACAUUCCUACAAAAGUGCCCACCGCUGUCGUCAACUUCCGCUACGAAGUCGUGCACAUGCCGGUGUGGAUGCUCCGAGACAAGUUCCAAAAUAUAGUUCAUUGCUCUUUUUACGAUUACGGCGGCCAUUUUGCCGGCUUAGAAGUACCUAAAGAGCUCGCCGACGACAUAUUCAAAGGGAUGGCAGCUAUUUUAGAGUACCGCAAGAGAAAUUCGUUAAAUUUGUAAUAUAAAUUUGUAGGUUCUUUCUUUGGUUUAAGGCGUUUUCUAAUAUCAUAUGAUCAAUCAGUUAUUUGUGAUAUGAAGUUUAUAGUUAAUUGUAACAUCAUAUGAGCAAAUUAAGUAAUAAUUUAGUAAGCGACUGAUAUACGUAAUUUUAAAAUUUUUGCACAAUGCAGCUUUUUAAU